AUGGAAUCCUCAGCCCUGAAGCAGGAGCUUAACUGUACCAUAUGCCUCUCUCUUUAUACAGAACCUGUCACUUUAUCCUGUGGACAUACUUACUGCCAGCAGUGCAUUCAGCAAGCAUGGGCAAAUCAAGGGGACCCCCAUCUGUCCUGCUGUCCAGAAUGCAUAGCUACAAAUAAGAUGGGCACUGAGCUUAAUAAAAACAUUAAGAUGUGUAACAUGGUGAACUAUCUGAACUCUCUGCAGGAAAAGGAAGAUGGUAAAAAUAAAUGUAAUUACUGUGAAGAGGCUGCUAAGAUGCUGUGUGUAAUGUGUGAAGCGUAUCUAUGUGACCUACACCUAGAGUCUCACAAGUCUGUAGAUCAUGUCCUAAUUGACCUGAGCAUUUCCCUGGAAAGCAGAAAGUGUCAAAUCCAUCUAGAGCUUCUAAAAUAUUAUUGCUACGAGGAUUGUGAGUAUGUCUGUGCAUCAUGUUGUCUGUUUGGAGAACACAAAGGACACAAUGUGCAGGCAUUAAAUGACAUUUUCAAAAAUGAGAAAUUAAUACUACAAAGUGUUGUAAAACAAUUGACCAUAAAACAAAAUGAAACAGACAGAAACAUGGAGAAAGCAAAGGAACAACAAAAUAGUGCCAAACAAAACACACAGUGUGUAAAAAACAAAGUGACUGGGAUUUUCACUGACAUCAAGAAAGAGUUGGAAGUGUUAGAGCAUCAGAUUCUUCAUGAGUUCACCAUACAAGAAGAUGAGGCUGAAUCCCAGUUUGUUAAAGUAAUUCAACAGCUUAGAGAGAAAAAGUCAAAAGUAAACAAAACAACCAUCAAUAUUGAGACCCUUUGCAAUAUGACUGAUCCGAUCACAGUUUUGGAGAAACGGCACAUUGAGAUACAAAAUGCAAAUGCUUUAUUGCUAAGCGAAGACAACUCAGAUCUCAAAGAGCUAGAUGAGUUGCUGAUCAUGGUGAAUCUACAGUCCGGUCUAAAUAGAAUCUUGAGACAUAUUCAUGACCUGCAAAAGAAGAAAGUGUUCCACAUUCAAAAUGCUCAUAUUACCCUGGAUGUGAAUUCUGUAUCACCGCCUAUGGUUUUUACAAAACAUAUGAGCAAUACCUCAACUUUUUACCAGAAAAAAAUUGGGCAAAAUGGUCAGUACUGCCAAGCCUUAAGUCCCAAAGCUUUCUCCUUGGGACAGCACUAUUGGGAAGUUGAGACAAGUGAGAUGCCACGUUGGGGGCUUGGAGUAUCUUAUCAAGGAAUAGCUAUGGAAACCCAAUGUGUGCUGGGAUAUAACUCUUCAUCUUGGUGUUUUUACAUGUCUGAUGUUGGAAAAUACAAAGCUGUUCACAACAGCGUGGAAGUGAUAGUGCCUACUUUAAAUCCUCUCAAAGUGCUGGGAGUAUAUUUGGACUGUCAGGGUGGACGACUCUCAUUUUACCAGGUGACUGACUCUGUAAAGCAUCUUUAUACCUUUUCUACCAGCUUUUGUGAGCCAGUUUAUGCAGCCUUUCACCUAAAUCAUAUUGGUUGGCUACGAAUUAGGCAUUAA